UCUGAAAACACACUAACUUUUUUUCAAUACAAGAAUUUUGUUUGGCAUUGUGCAGGUUUAGUUAAAUGUUGUUCUUCAUUUUGCAGGGACAUCUCAAGCAACUCUCUCAGUGGAAAUAUUCCCUUGUCCCUUGGAAAGCUGAAUAAACUUGUUACAUUCAAUAUAUCGAACAACUUUCUGGUUGGGCCAAUACCAUCUGAUACUGUGUUUAGCAAGUUUCCAGAAAAUUCAAGCCUAGCAAUGGAUGUCAGUGGAGGUGCAUCCAUUGUCAUGUUUCAUGGAGAUUUACCUUACUCUUCAAAGGAUAUUAUUAAGAAGUUGGAGAAUCUGAAUGAGGAGCACAUCAUAGGUUGCGGGGGUUUUGCUGUGUACAGGCUUGCAAUGGAUGAUGGAAAUGUUUUUGCAUUGAAAAGAAUUGUAAAGCUUAAUGAAGGUUUUGAUCGGUUUUUUGAGAGGGAGCUUGAAAUUCUUGGAAGCAUAAAACAUAGAUACCUAGUAAAUCUGCGAGGAUAUUGCAAUUCACCAACAUCAAAAUUAUUAAUUUAUGAUUAUCUACCUGGUGGUAGCCUGGAUGAAGCUCUUCAUGAGAGAGCUGAGCAACUAGACUGGGAGUCACGCUUGAAUAUCAUUCUUGGAGCAGCAAAAGGACUGGCCUACUUGCAUCACGAUUGUUCUCCUAGGAUUAUACAUCGUGACAUCAAGUCAAGUAAUAUUUUGCUUGAUGGCAAUUUGGAGGCUCGGGUAUCAGACUUUGGACUUGCCAAACUGUUAGAGGAUGAAGAAUCUCACAUUACAACCAUUGUUGCUGGAACAUUUGGAUAUCUGGCUCCAGAGUAUAUGCAAAGUGGUAGAGCAACUGAAAAGACUGAUGUUUAUAGCUUUGGGGUCCUGAUGCUUGAAGUGUUAAGCGGAAAACGCCCAACUGAUGCAUCUUUCAUUGAGAAGGGUCUUAACAUUGUUGGCUGGUUAAAUUUCUUAAUUAAUGAGAAUAGGCAACGAGAUAUUGUUGAUCCAAACUGUGAAGGGGUGCAAGCAGAAAGUCUUGAUGGGCUGCUCUCGGUUGCCAUCCAGUGUGUCUCUUCCAGUCCAGAAGAUCGACCCACCAUGCACAGGGUAGUUCAAUUACUUGAAUCUGAGGUCAUGACCCCUUGCCCGAGUGACUUCUAUGAUUCAACUCUGAUUGACCUUUGUAUGAAGUUUGACAGUGAAGACAUAUUCGAGUUAGCGUCUAUGUUGUUGCAGGUCCUCAGAAACUGGUGAAGCACAAGUCAAACUGUUUUAGGGCGACUCAGAAUCUGCAAAGAUUUCAGUUCUUAAUUUCAUUCAUUAAUUCUUUCUGGGAUUUUACAAAGAAUUAAAAGAUGUGCCAAUAGUGUCAAUUGGACCUGCAUCAGAAAAAAAUGAUUCAGUAUCGAAAGUGGAUUUUGGUUGCAUUCUCCUGUUUCUCUGUUGUCAUUUUCCAUGGGUUUGUGCAGAAUUUUCUUUCAACAAAUAGAUAGAACUCCAAAUCCAUUAGGAGUCAAUUUAUUUGGCUUUUUAGUUUUUGUGGUGCUUCAGAAUUUGUAAUGUGUCUGCAUAACUCGCUUACUAAAGUGUAUAUGACCAGUGUAUAAGUAGGUCAUGUUUUGUCUCCUUGAAGGAAUCUUGUUUAUGUCGUUUUUGUAAGAUAUGUUGUCAAUACAAUAAUCAAACACUCCAGGAGCAGAUUGGAAGCAUGGUUCUAAAAUGUUAUUUCUUUUCUUAUU